ACAGCGGAGAGAGAGUAGAGAAGGGCGUUUUAUUAGGAGAAGCAAUUCAAUGGAAUGAAUGGCACCCGUUUAUAGCUGGACCUGUAGCUGUAGCCAUAGCGUUAGCAUUUUCCCGAGCUAGGAGUAUUCCCCUUCCCUGCUCCGUCUCGUGUCGUCUCUCUUCUCCUGCCGGUUUCUCCUUCCUGCUCCAGCGUCAUGGAGCAGCCAGGCGGGCCGUGGCGCGAUCCGCGACAGGGGUACCUCUACGGGGUCGGAUCGGCGAUGCAGACGCCGCUGCAGCAGCAGCAGCAGCAGCGGCGGCGGCCGGACACGGCCGCCGUCGGUGGCGUUCUCAAGAGGAGCCUCGGCGAGAUUGAGAGGUGGCAGCACCAGCGGCAGGUGGCGAUGCAGCAGGAGCUCUACAUGCGCGCCGUCAGGCAGCGCACGGCCGUGGCGUCGGCCAUCUCGCCGCUUUCCUCGGCGGACAUCGCCAAGGUGCUUGGCAGGGGCUCGUCUCAGCCCCUGGUUCUCUCCGGUUCGAGCUUGGGCGGCAACCUCGCGUCGCCGUCAUCGACGUUGUCAUCCCUCACGACGGCGUCCAGGGCGGCGAUACCGCUGAUUCAACCGCAGCUGCAUCGGCAGGUGCCCUUUGUGCCGUCUUCGGAGCACGCCCUUGGCGUGACGAGGGCGCCGGCCCCAUCGGCGACGGGGAGCGAGUUGUCCAUCCUGCAGGAGCUGGAGAAGCAGCUGCUGUUCGACGACGACGACGAGGCGGAGCCGGCGAUGAGCGGGACGGGCUCCGCGGUUACCAGCUCCGAGUGGGAGGAGACGAUGAUGAUACAGCAGCUCAACCCCAUCACCGCCGCGCCUUCUCCGUUUCCUGGGGUGGCAGCCCCGAACAACAACAACAUCAACAAGGGGAUGACGCGGUCGCCGUCGAACUCGUCCACUUCUACGGCUUCUUCGUCAGCUUCCUGCUCGCCUCCAACCUCGGCCACCACGUCACGUCAAUUGCUCUCCGAAGCAGCGGUCGCCAUGGCCGACGGUAAUCUCGAAACAGCCGCCGCCCAUCUGGCGACUCUCAAAGGCGCCGUUAACCCGCGCGGUGACGCGGAACACCGGCUGCUGGCCAUGAUGGUGGCCGCCCUGUCCUCUCGCAUUGCGCCCACGGCCUCCGCCACGUCCAAGCACAUCGCCGACCUCUGCGGCAGCGAGCACCGCACCGGAUCCCAGCUCCUCCACGACAUCUCGCCCUGCUUCCGCUUCGCCCUCCACGCCGCCAACAUCGCCAUCGUCGAGGCCGUCGCCGACCGCCGCGCCGUACACCUCGUCGACUUCGACAUCAGCGUCCCGCAGCACGUGGCCCUCAUCCAGUGCCUCGCUGACCGCCGCGUGCCGGGGACGUCCCUCAAGGUGACCGCCGUGACCGAUCCGACCUCACCGUUCACAGAGUCUCUAACUGCAACGCUCGACGCCGUCGGGGCGCGGCUCAAGAAGCUCGCGGAGCGGGCCGGCAUAGAGUACCGGUUCAAAAUCGUCAACUGCAGAGCAGCGGAGAUCGAUUCAUCAAAGCUGGGGUGCGAGCCCGGGGAGGCACUGGCUGUCAACCUCGCCUUCGCGCUCUCGCGCGUGCCCGACGAGAGCGUCUCCCCGGCGAACCCCCGCGACGAGCUCCUCCGCCGGGUGCGGGGCCUCGGCCCGCGGGUCGUGACGCUCGUGGAGCAGGAGCUGAACUCGAACACCGCCCCGCUGGCCACGCGCUUCACGGACGCGUGCGCGCACUACGGCGCCAUCCUCGAGUCCCUGGACGCGACGGCCGGCCGGGAUAGCGCGGACAGGGCGCGCGCGGAGGAAGCGGUGGCGAACAAGGCGGCGAACGCCGUGGGUCGCGAGGGCGCCGACCGGCUGGAGCGGUGCGAAGUGUUCGGCAAAUGGCGCGCGCGGUUCGGCAUGGCCGGGUUCCGGCCCGUGGCGCUCGCCGCGGGCAUUGCUGACCAGGUCAAGGCCCGCGUCGGCAAUUCGCAGCCGGGGUUCGCCGUCAAGCCGGAGAAUGGUGUGCUCAGGCUCGGAUGGAUGGGGCGCGUGAUCACCGUCGCCUCCGCCUGGCGGUAGUCUGGUCUGGUGAGGUCGCACCAUCAUUGCCGCCACCAGACAAUUGGUUAAUUAAUUCGAGACCAUCUCUUAUUUUUAUCCUUUCUUUUCGUUUUUCGAUUGGCAAGGUGUGAUGAGUUUGUUCUUGAUCUGGUAGAACUUAGUUGUAGCGACUCAUAAUUCUCGUAGCUAAUACUACUAUGGAAAGAGCAAAUUAUAUCGCGACUUUAUUGUUAUGUUCUGUGGCCUGUUUCCUGAAGAAGGUGUAGAUAGCAUUUGGCUGA